AUGGCAGAUUUUUCUCUUCCUAUUCCACCAAAAGAUGACUUUCAUCUUAUGACAUUAAAAGAUUUUCAGAUUUCAGACUCUUUAGGUUCAUCUAUCGAUCUAACUAAUUCCAUAAAUUUUGGAACAUCUGAACCUUUAACUCUCAAUACAAAUAAUUCAUUUCCUGGCGCAAAACGAGCAGGUAAAAUUUCUACAGCUCAACCUCCAGCCAACAUAAAUUCUAAAGCCUCUGAAGUGGAAAAUGAAUCCCAAAAAAUUACGCAUUCUGACAAAACGUCUACGAAACCUCGAUGGUUAAAUUUGGGUAGACUUAAAUCCAAAAAACAAACCUAUGAGGAUACACCGAUUAAGACGACAACUUAUGCCAACUCUAAUUUAAAUCCUGCUACUAAUACCCUUAAUGCAUCGAUAACAUCUACGUCAUCUCCCGCAUCAUUGAAAAUUGACACAAUGAUAAAUGACGGAAAUAAUAAUGUUCGGAAUUUUUCAAAUGUGAAAAAAUUUAACAUAUUUCAAAAAUUUGGUUAUAAAAAAAACCAAAUCAACGAAAAUAGCAACUCAGCUGCAGAGAAACAUUUAACUCAACCCACUGGACUUUCAACAAUGUCAACUGGGAAACCAGAAAGUGAUAAGAGUAACUUUGGGUCCCCCGUCGAAAGGUUGAACCAUAGUCAUUCUUUUACCUCUGAUCCUAGUCCUGCUGAAUCACCUCUUGAGCAACCAGAGAAGCUGGCUUCUCUAACGAAUCCACCAAAAGACCUCAUGGCUUCAUCUUAUACUUUGUUUCCCAAUGAAUAUUUGGCUUCAACAAAUCGAUUAUCCGCUGAAACUAUGGAAACCUAUAAUGAGAAUGUAAAUGUAAAAAAUACUGAUAUUGUGGCUCCUUUAAGACAUCCCACAGAUGAUAUACCAAAAGUUGCAUCUUUAACAACUCGUCGUAGUCGAAUAUUUGAUAUUUUUACUUCUAUAAGUUCUCCUCGACGUGAAUCACUUUCUUCACGAAAGAGUUUUGCUAAUCUUAGAGAUCAAAAAACUUUAGCACAGGAGUCGUCAGUUUCAAAGGAUCAAACAUUUGUAAAUAACCAUUCACAUCUAAGAUCAAAAGUUGACGUUGAAAACGUGGACAUUUCAUUUGGGAAGGACUUUAAAAGGUCUACUUCAGUAAUUCAGCCCACAGAAUCAACUGAUGGACAAGAUAAAGGAAUUACUUCUAUGUCUAAAUCACAAGCAUUAAGUCCCACUUUAUACUCAUCUUCAAUAUCAUCAUUUUCAAGGUCUUUCAAUUCAGAGGAUCCGUCUGCCUUCAGAACUUUCUCGGAUCCUCAACCUUCUAAUUUCAAUGAAACUAAUUUCUCGAAACCAGAUUUACCCCUAGAAGAUGUUUGGGAUGUUCUUGUCAAUCCUCAAACAACGGAUAAAGGUCAUGCUAGAUUAAGUAAUAAUCGUUUAUCAUAUAUCCCGGAAAAUUUCUUUAACAAGCUUUAUAAUAUUCAAGAACUUUAUCUUGAUCGAAAUACGCUUCGAGAUUUACCUGAAGAGCUUUUAAAACUUGCUAAAUUGGAAAUUCUAGACCUUAGUAAUAAUUGUAUUUCAGAAUUUAAUCCAAGAUUAAAAUUUAAAAGACUAAAAAAUUUGAGGCGUCUCAAUCUGGACAAUAAUAUGCUCUCCGAUAUAGUGAGCAUAUGUAAACUUAAAAAAUUAAGGGAGCUUAGGGCUAAUAAUAAUUUAUUGGUAUCACUUACAACGGACAUUUCAAAAUUAUCAAAAUUACGUCUAUUAUAUUUGGAUAAUAACCAACUUACGAGUCUACCUGAUUCGAUUAGUAAAUUAAAAUCUUUGUGUGUACUACGUCUAAAUAAUAAUAAUAUAGAAUCCCUGCCAUCAGCAAUAUGUUCUUUACGUCAUUUACAAGUUCUGGAAUUGAGAGCAAAUUUAUUAACACAAUUACCAGAAAAUAUUAAAGAGUUAGAAAAUCUAGCAAAAUUGGAUGUUUCCAACAAUAGACUAACUUCGCUUCCAAAUGAUAUCGUAAGAUGUAGUAAAUUAACUCAUUUGAUCGCUUGUAAUAAUCAGCUUGAAUCAAUACCUUCCAAAAUUGGGCAACUAGGUCGAUUGCUUACUCUUAAUCUUCGUGAAAAUCUGAUUAAUAACCUCCCUACGGAUUUAGGCAGGCUUGUAAAUUUAACAGAUUUGGAUUUAUCCUAUAAUGAAUUGAUCGUUUUACCUGAAGAUCUAGGAAAUCUUAAGAAACUUACUGAAAUCAAGCUUAAUAACAAUCCAUCAUUAUUGGCAAUCCCAGAAACUUUACGAAAAUUGUCCCAAAUUAAAAAGAUUCAUUUGCAACAUUGUAAUCUUAGCUCAAUUCCUUUCGAAAUAGGUGAUGCGUAUAGCCAACUUGAAUACGUUAACCUAUCUUUUAAUUUAUUUGAUGCGGUUCCUAAUUUGCACGGAAUGUAUGGAACGACCGUUUUAAACAUAUCAAAUAAUCGAAUUGAUGACUUAACUGAACAAAUAGGUCAAUUGGAAUCAUUACGUGAGUUAUAUUUGGUGAACAAUAAACUUACGCAUCUGCCAAAAUCAAUUGGUCGACUAAAGAAUUUAGAAAUAUUGGAUGUUUCAGAAAACAUGCUUGUUGGAUUGCCUUUUACAAUUGGUGAUUGUAAAAGUUUACGAGAACUCAGAUUACGAGGUAAUUCAUUAGAAAACUUACCAAUGACAUUAGGACGACUAACCAAUUUAGAUGUAUUCUACAUUGGUCAAUGGCCGAUGACUGAGUUCAAUAUAACAAAAGAUGAAAAUCAUUAUGAGAACUUGAAAAUGAGUCCAUAUCAACAUAAAAUUCCACUAUCUGUCGAACGAACAUUAUUAUGGAGAAUGCAUGAUUCAAUAUCAAAAAGACUAAGGGAUAUAGAUUACAAUGAUGGAACUUCAGAAAGAAGUCUAUCGGAUGAAAGCCAAGAUGGUGGAAGUCAUUCAUCGACGCCAGACACAUCGACCAAUUAUGCUAGUCCACCAAUACCAAGAGAUGAUGUAAUAUUAAAAAUGGCAGUUUUAAAGGGUGUUUACGACCAAAUAAUGAAGGACAUGCCCAAUAAUGAUUAUGACAAAGAGUUAUGCGGAGAUGAUACAGCUGAAUUUCCUGAUAAUGUGAAAAAGAAAAAGUUCUCAAAACUAAAAGACUUUAAAUUCUUAAAGAUAAGUGAUAACAGGUAG